AUGUCAAAUCCACCAUCAACCGAAAUUCUCUUGGACCUUGAAAACGGAGUCCCUAAGACAGUUACCUUUGCCGAUGCUUUCAUCAACACCAGGAAGUACAUCUAUGGACUCAACGGGUCUCUUGUGCACGCGAUCAGGGCAUUCUAUUCUACGGCAGCUAGCCGAAAAAGGGAUGAUGCCGACAUAGCCUUGAAGUAUGACAUGCUUUUUUGGGAGCUAUCUUAUCCUCCACCUGCGCCGAUUUGCUUGAUCUCCUCCGACAAGGAUUACUGGGGCACAAUGGAACGUAUGGUGAAGACUCAAUACGAGAUAAUACUUGCAUAUAACGCUGCCCAUGCAAGCAAGGACAUUAAAGACGUUGCCGUGACCGAUUCUUUUGAUUUCCCAUCAGUAGCCAAAGGGAUUUUAACAAUUCCAACUCCCUCUGCCAUGCCCUUAGGCCUUGGCACUUCUCCUCCUAGUAGGCCACUACCUCCAAGUCCUUCUUCAAGCGAACUCUUAAAGCUAAAGGUGUUGCUCGAUGUAAACACAAGCUUUGACAACACUACAACAGGAAACGAAAAGUGUAUGCCGAAAGGUUUAACUCCCACGGUAAUGAGAGAAAACAUAGAGCUUUUCCUUAAAAGUAAAGGCUACGGAGGCAUAACGGGUUCAAUCCAAGUCAUUGCCCGGUCAGGAUCACUCAGUGAGCAAUUGGAAGAAGAGAUGGUCAAUAGCGGGUUCGCUGUCACCAAUGUUGACCCUCCGACUCGUGAGAAAAAAGCCGGGGAAGACCAUACCGAUGUUCGAAUUGGGCAGGUGAUGCAAAGAUGGUGUUUGGAACUACAACAGCUAGCCCCAAUGGUCAUCAUUUCCAGCGAUUCCAACCUUACCUUGGUGGUGAAGAGGCUAGAUUCCAUGGGUUUUCCGGUGAUGCUAGCAUAUGGUCCAAGUGCUCCGCCCGAACUGUUGCAAGCGGCAAGAGAGAAGUUUCCAUGGGGUGAACUUAUAGCCCAGUAG